UUUUUUUUUCUUAUUCCCCUUUUUUUUGACUUUUUUUAACCUUUUAUAUAUAAUGAAGUCUUUCUUCAGACAUCAUCCUUCACCUUCUCGAUCAAACAUUUCCUUCUUAUCUCGGGCACAUUCCAAAUGGUUUCCUUCUUUAUAUACGAUUUCACGAUACACAACUCCAUAUAGAUAUAUAUCAACUGCAUACAACAAUUCUUCUCCGGUCACAACAAAAUCAAUAUCUUCUGAUAUAACUCCAUUAUCAACUACUACAUUAUCCUCUAUUCAACGCAAAGAUACAAAAACUACUGGAUAUAAGAAAACUUUUAACAAACUACUGGUAGCAAAUCGUGGAGAAAUAGCAUGUCGAAUUAUCAAGACAGCCAAGGCAAUGGGCAUACGAACAGUGGCAGUGUAUUCGGAUUUGGAUGUGGAUGCUCUACAUGUCCAAUUAGCAGAAGAAUCAGUACGACUUGGGCCAGGGGAACCAGCAGAUUCAUACUUGUCUAUAGACCGGAUCGUGGCGGCGGCACAAAGUACGGGAUGCGAUGCAGUCCAUCCUGGUUAUGGUUUUCUCAGUGAAAAUGCGAUGUUUGUAGAAGCAUUGAAUCGAGCAUCCAUUCGAUUUGUUGGUCCUUCUGCAUGGGCGAUAGCGGCCAUGGGUGAUAAAAUUCAAAGCAAGAAAUUGGCGGAAGCUAGCGGUGUGAAUGUGAUUCCUGGUUAUCAUGGUGAAAUCCAAUCAUUCGAUCAAGCAAUACAGGUGGCUCAUGAUAUUGGAUAUCCGGUGAUGAUCAAGGCAAGUGCAGGUGGUGGUGGCAAAGGAAUGCGAGUUGCUUGGACAGAUCAAGAACUCAAGGAUGGUUACACAUUGGCGAAACAAGAAAGUCGGUUCGCGUUUGGUGAUGAUCGAUUACUGAUUGAAAAAUACAUUGAUCAACCUCGACAUAUUGAAAUUCAAGUAUUAGGUGAUCAUCAUGGUCAUGUUAUCUAUUUGCCUGAACGUGAAUGCUCUAUUCAACGGCGGAAUCAAAAAGUCAUUGAAGAAUCUCCUAGUGUGCAUUUGGAUCCAAAGACAAGACAAGCAAUGGGUGAACAGGCUGUUACUUUGGCAAAACAUGUGGGUUACAGUUCAGCAGGUACUGUAGAGUUUUUGGUGGAUCGACAACAUAAUUUUUAUUUUUUGGAAAUGAAUACACGUCUUCAGGUUGAACAUCCCAUUACUGAAUAUGUUACUGGUCUUGAUUUGGUGGAACAAAUGUUAUACUCAGCCGCAGGUUAUCCUUUGGAUUUACAACAAUCUGAUAUACAAAUUUCUGGCUGGGCUAUGGAGGCACGUGUAUAUGCUGAAGAUCCUGAAAAAUAUUUACCAUCUGUGGGGCGGCUACUUACUUAUCAAGAACCUUGGACAAAUAAUGGUGAUCAUUCUCAAAAGCAUCAACGACGACGAUGUGAUUCUGGAUUUAUGGAAGGAUCAAAUAUUCAUGUGGAGUACGACCCUUUAAUAUGUAAGUUAGUGACACACGGCGAGAAUCGACAAGAAGCAAUGAAUACCAUGGUACAGGCAUUGGAUGAAUAUGUCAUCAAAGGUGUUACACACAAUAUACCUCUUUUACGUGGCGUUGUGGCUCAUCCUCAAUUUCGUCAAGGUGAUUUCUCGACCAACUUUUUAAUGGAACAAUAUCCCAAUGGAUUUCGACCUCCUGUCAUGACCUCAAAGGAUAUGGACUGUUUAGCUGCAAUUGUAUCUGGUAUGUGGCUCAAGAAAGAACAACAUCGAUAUGGCAAAAAUACACUAUCGGCAUCGUCAACAUCAUCAUCUAUGUGGGUUCACUUGACUGAUGAACAGAAUAAUCAAGUAACGGAAAUCAAGGUGGAUAUGGAUAUGAUGGACAAAGAUAAAUACCAGGUAUGUUUACCUGGAUUGUCGGGCAUCAUUAGUAUGCAGUGGCCAUUAGAUGGAUUACUAUCAAGAACAUUAUUACCUGAUGGAACGACACUUGUGGUGCAACAUCUAGAUGUACUUGAUUUUGGAUUUAGAGUACAAUAUCAUGGUAGUCGGUACAAAGUAGCUGUAUUGAACAGUGAUCAACAUCAAUUAUCUCGAUAUAUGAAAAGGAAGACCAAGGAAGAAGAAAGCAAAUGGAUUCCAAGCCCGAUGCCAGGGAGGAUCAUCAGUAUUGCUGUGAAAGAAGGGGACAAGGUCAAGAUAGGUGAAGAAUUGGCAGUAGUAGAAGCUAUGAAGAUGCAAAACAUAUUACGUACUUCUCGAACUGGGACUAUCAAAAAAAUUUAUGUGAUUGCUGGCAAUACAGUGAAAUCAGGACAACUGCUGAUUGAAUUUCAAGAUGAAUCCUAGGAUGAUGGACUUGUUAUUAAGUAUGGGGAUCGUGUUAGUAUUUAUAGAUUUGAUGGGAUUGCAUUAGUAUUACUAUUAUUAUUAGUUAGAUAAUUACCUCUUUGGAAUACCUUUUUCAAUAAACUGAUUGGGAGGAAAUUUUGGGGAUGAUGA